AUGUCCGAAGCAACUAUAGUUGAUUACAUGAUCGCUGAAGAGGCCCAGCGAUUCAUUAAUGAACUUUUUGAUAGAGUUCCUCGAAAGAGUUCAUCAAAACAAGAAACAAAAAAAUUGGUUGAAAAAAAUCAAAAAUCUUAUACAUUACUUCAUGAUACUGAAGAUUAUUUGAAUGAACAAUAUUCAAAAAAAUCUAAAAAAUCUAAAAAAGAAAAAAAUUUACGUAAAAAAGAUACUUUAAAUGGUUGGGAAAGUGAUCAAGAAGAUCAAUAUACUAAAAAUACGGAAAUUAAAGAUGAAUCAGAAGAUGAGUAUUUAAAAGAAGAAAAUGAAAAAAUUCAAGAUAUAAAAGAAAGAGAUGAAUAUGCUAAACGUUUAAGAGAAAAAGAUAAGGAAAGAACGAAAAAGGUUGCAGAUAGUGAAACUGCUAAACGGAGAAAUCUUGCAGAUGAUUCUGAAGCACGUAAAAAACUUCUUCCAGACAUUCGUGAAAGAUCACGACAAACUUACUUAAAAGAUCGAACAGAUAAACAAUUACAAAUGUUAGAAUUAAGUGUUCUUGAUGAGGAUAUGUUGUUUAAAGAUGAAAAACUUUCUAAAAGGGAAAGAAGGGAGCUUGAAACGAAAAAAGAAACUCUAAGAUUAACGAAAGAGAGACUUAGCCUUUCUGGAAAGACUGAUGAAUACUCAAUGCCAGAAGAUCGUGACCCAAGUAAAUUUGUCACCGAUCAAGAUCAAUGGGAACAAACUCAAAUAGUAAAAUCUCAAUUAAAAGUUGGUGCUCAAGAUAGAAUAAAAGAUGAAGAGGAUUAUAGUUAUGUUUUUGAUGAUCAAGCCAUUGAUUUUCUUGAUUGGGAUUGGAAAUCUAAUGAUAAAGAAGAUGAAAUGAUAGCUAAAAUUGAUGAAGCUGAACGAAAGGAAGACUUACUUAAGGCUAUAAAUGAUUAUCAAACUUUGGUGAUUGUUGGUGAAACGGGGUCAGGAAAGACUACACAAUUGCCUCAAUAUCUAUAUGAAGCAGGCUAUACAAAAGGAGGGAAAAAAGUUUGUUGUACACAACCAAGGAGAGUUGCUGCAAUGAGUGUUGCCGCUCGUGUAGCUGAAGAAAUGGGUGUAAAACUUGGAUAUGAGGAUUGUACUUCAGACAAAACUAUAAUUAAAUAUAUGACCGACGGUACUCUUCUCCGUGAAUUUUUAUCCACACCUUUAUUAGAUGAUUAUAAUUGUUUAAUAAUCGAUGAGGCACACGAAAGAACUUUACAUACUGACAUCUUAUUCGGAUUAGUAAAGGGACAAGAUGAAAUUGAAGCUGUGCAAGAAACUACCAAUAUAGCCGAAACUUCAAUUACUAUUGAUGGUGUCACAUUUGUUAUUGAUCCAGGUUUUGUUAAACAAAAUGUAUACAGUCCAAAAACAAGAAUGGAAUCAUUGUUAGUUGUUCCAGUAGCUUCAGCAGUUCAAAGAUCUGGAAGAGCUGGACGUGUUGGACCAGGUCAUUGUUUUAGAUUAUAUACUCAACACGCGUUUCACAACGAGUUGGAAGAAAACACUGUUCCUGAAAUUCAAAGAACCAAUUUAGCUAAUGUUGUUUUGUCAUUAAAGUUUAUGGAUCCUCCUCAUGAACAAGCGCUAAUAGCUGCGCUUAACGAUUUAUACGCUCUUGGAGCUCUAAAUAAUAAUGGGGAAUUGACUAAAUUAGGAAGACGCAUGGCUGAAUUUCCGUUGGAUCCAUUUUUAUCCAAGUCGAUAAUAUGGUCGGAAAGAUAUAAUUGUACAGAAGAGGUGAUAUCUAUUAUAAGCAUGCUUACUGUUCAAAGUUCCGUUUUUUAUCGACCAAAAGACAAAAAAUUUCAUGCAGAUAAAGCUCGCCAGAAUUUUAUUCGUCCUGGUGGUGAUCAUUUCACGUUAUUAAAUGUUUGGGAACAAGUAAAUGUUCGUGAUCAACUUGUUGGUCUUUGUGAACGUGCUGAAGUAGAUUUGAAGUCUAACCCAAAUCCUGGUGACAUAGUACCAAUUCAAAAA